CGUCUGAUCAGCUAAUUAAGGUCGUUUGUUAUACUGUCCCUUUCAGACGAAAGGUCUAUGAAAAGUCUGCAGAUGCUGAAUGUAGACAUUGAUGAAGCCGUAGACCGCGUCAACCCAGAGCACGAGAGGAGGUCAAAGGAGGAGGUGGAAUUGGAGCAGGAAAUGCGAAGAUUUGCUUCCAACUUGGUUGAAUCUGUUGUUGACAAAGUCAAAGACGAAAUCUACCCUGCGUAUCUUCAGAUGCUAGAAGGUGACUCGGUCCAGGAAACCCAGUCUGAAGAGCGACAACAAGGAAUGUUGGAGUACCUGUAUGAAGAGAGUGGGUUGGAACGACCCGAAACUGGCACCGACGAAGAACUCAUCAUGGCUGCUGCCGCCGGGACCAGCACCACCCCAAAAGAAGGAGGCAGACGCCGAUCAGUGAGAUUUAGUUUUGACGACUGCGUCAUUCCAAGCAUGGACAGUUUGGAUGAGCUGGGUUUCGACACCCUGAGUCUGAAACCAGUGGCAGAGCACCACGUGACGCCCGUCCCAUCGCCAGUUCCGUACGAAAUGAGAGACGAACCUUUCGGAUACAUCAACGACGAUGGGGACGACGACUACGACGACGACGACGGUAAGACGAAGUCUCCAAGAAUUGGACUCGUGGAGUCGUUGUUGCUGCGGCUGCUUGAUGACGUCAACAACAGACGCUUGACCAAAAGUGAAAUAUUCACACUGAGAGACUUCGUUGGUGCACGCGGGUGUUUCGACGACAAGGAAGCUAUCCAGAGUGGCGACGAGGAACUCGACUCGGAGAGCGUGGCGUCGAGUCGCGUCGUCGGUGACCUUGUGGAGUUUACUCUCGCUAAAAUUCUCGAUGACGUAAAAGCAGGCUCGCUAGACGAGGACGAUCUCACUAAUCUGACGGUAUCGAUUAUCGGUGAUACGAAUAACAACUCUGGUCUGAACGAUCCCACAUCUGAGCACGACCUACAUGUCGGUGAGCAGCAAGAACUGGAGGUUCGCCCAGAAUCCACAGACCAGGUCGGACAGGCGGAGAAGGAGGAGAAGGAGAAAGGAAAACAGAAUCCAAAUGUGCUGCCAGACGAUUCUGUGAUUAAACCACUGCAUAAUAAAAUACCUUCCGAAUGCUGCAGCUCAACAACUAUUCCUCAGAUCGGAGCCGAAGUGAUAACUCAGACAAUAAUAAAUAUCAAGGAAGGCCGACUCAGCGGUUAUAACAUGGAUUUACUUGCCCACGAUGUUUCCAAAGACAGUUCUGUGAAAACGAAGACGUCUGGAUUAUCACUGGGGUGUUUUCUUGUGGACGUUCUCGAAGAGGUCAAAUCUGACAUAGGGAGAGGUGUUGUAAGCUCCAGGAGCAUGGAGAACGUCACCCAACAGCUCUCGAUGUUGUCUGUGCAGAAUAACGACAGCUUCAGAGAGCGUUACGGCAGCAUCUUAUCAUUAACUGAAAUAACUGACUUAAUUAAAUGUGCACUGUCGGACGUCGCCAGUGAUGCGAAAGCAGACGACAGAGACACACGAUUCCAUCCUGACCCCGUGGAGUCGGACGAUAAAGGCUGCAACUGCCUUUCGUCGUCAACCGAGGCAUCAGUUACAUUUCCAUCAUCCUCUGUGGUCAACGACAUGAGCAUGCAGCUGGCGGCACACACUGAAUCUCAUCAGAAACGCGAGGGACAGUCGGUGAUGAAGGAGGAGGUAGGGACAAUACCUGAUCAUAAAGUUCCUCCAGACCCGUCUUCACUGGAUACCUUUUCUGUGAUAUCGGACAGCUGCUCCCGAAGGGAUGAUUCCACUAAUGCUUCUACUACGCCGGGCAGUGUAGAAGCGUCCUGUCUGAGGACAUCCUCCUCUCCCCAGACCACAGAGACAGCCGAGGCGGAUACCUGCAGUCGAACCUCGGGCUGGAGUACCAAGGACCAGGGCUGUGCCCAAGGUCAAGGAGACAGGUCGGAGGGCAGCAGCCAGCUGGGCUGCGUGGACACCUCACAGGAGAAGUCCACCUAUGGAUCGCCCAACGUGAGAGUGACCAUCAGCAGCCCACAGGAAGAAGAGAAAAAUUAUAAAUAGAUUAAGUAAUCUGUGAGAGCAAGAGUCAGUGGUAUUUUUAUUUAUUAGCCUAAACACGGUAAUGAAUUCGUCACAACAGAAACACACAGCAGAAGACGGAGGACGGUAGACAUUUGUAUUACUACUUAAACAAAACUUUGUUUAAACUUGUUAGUUGUAAAAAAUAAAAUUACUUUUAAAUUAA